AUGGCUGACGGCCGAGCUCGUGCGUGCCUCUCACUCGUUCGCAACCUGUUCCUGGCCUUCAUUCUUUACAUCUCGAUCUAUGGCACCAUACACCUAGCACAGGAUCCUUCAGCAAGGCAGAAAGCGCGCCAACAAGUCGCCCUCCUAACAGAUGCCGACGCUGUGAAGCAGACAAAGUCAGGCAAUGUUAAAGUCAAGCUCAGUGGGGCCUCCCGGACCGUCACCAUCAACCCUUACGCCAAUGUCUUCAACCGUCCCUCGAGCGCCGUCGUUCCGCGCGAUGACUUCUUCGGUCCCAGACCGCAUGUCGACACGGAAGCCGAUAUCCAGAUGCUUGUGGAAGAGUGCAGGGGAACAUACGAUGGUGUUGAGAAGAUGCGAGACGUCUUCGGUUGCUUGAAGUUCUUGUCGGGAAGCGAGGACAAGUACUACCUCUUGCCGGAACAAGUCGAUCGUGCAAGCGAACAAGACCCCAGAAGGGCAGAAUACUUGAAUGCAGAUGGCCAUGGAAACACACUGAAGCACUACGUCUCGGUCAAGGAUUCAAGGGCACCUUCCAAGACAACUCCUGGAACCUGUGCUGGUCCCAUCAUUCCUUAUCAUGUUUACUGGGCUGGUCCCGCGACAUGGCGCCUCGAGGCUUUCGUCAAGUCCUACUUCUACACACAAAAUCUGCCUUGCAGUCGACUCUGGCUUUGGGCAGAUACCGACAGAGCUCCCGAUGCUGUUGACAAGUUGUUGAAACACGACGCUCUGUUUGCUCGCUUCUUGCCUCUGGUCGAAAGAGGCGAUAUCAGGGUCUUGCCAUGGAAGUUUCCCACCAGAAUGCCUCUGCCAAAGGAGUUUGACAACACAGAUGGAGUGGGCUACUACAAGACAAAAGGCAAGCCAAAUGUCAAAGGCGAGGUUGCCAUUGCAGACGGUCUUGUCGAAGAUGCGCAAGGCCAGCAAUGGAUCACUCUCACUCCCAAGCAAAUGACUUUCUUCCCUCAGGCAAUCUCAGAUACAGUUCGCUUCAUCAUUUUGCAUCAACAUGGCGGCGUCUACCUGGACAUGGAUGCCCUCAUGCUCCGCGACCUGCGACCUUUGCUCAUCCCCAAGAAGCACGACUUUGCCGAGAGAUGGGGAGCCCACAAUAAUCCAGGCGAUUACAACACUGCAAUUAUGUCUUUGUCCGCCAACACUUCUCUUUCUAGCUACCUACUACGAGGGGGCGUUCGUAUGGGUCUGAACUUCCAUCCUCGAGUCAUUGGUCGUAUGAUCUGGAAAGAGGGCCGUGAUCUCGAGUUCCCGAUGCUGGAGACCGCUGCUUUCGACCCCAUCUGGACGGAAUUCAACUGGGAUCGUCAAGGCCGCUGCACAGUACCCUGCAUCCGUGACUACGGUGCUGUUUUCAAGGGCAAGCCGAACGCUCUCAAAGACGAAUGGGAGAGUUACGACGAUCCUCAACUCACACGACUCGAUCUCAAUGCCAGUUCAUCGCACAAAGAAGGCAUUCUCGUGGCUCCCAAUUCUGCCGCAUCACCCGAUCACAUCACCAUCACCCCUAUGCCUGGUCCGAUGGACAGUUUUAGCAGCACAAAACAGGAAGUUACAGCUCUGAAAAAGGCCGGCAUCGUCAAGGAGUACAGACUGCAAGAAGACAAAUAUCCACCGAACAACCGCACGCUUGAGAAUUUCUUCCGCGGUGCAUGGACAUACCAUAUUCAUAAUCAGUGGUUGAAAGAGCCGGAGCCGAGUUCAUGGCUCGAUGUAAUGCAAUCUGCUCAUGAUGGGUUCUUUGCUGGUAAGAGAGUCAAUCCGUAUGGUGAGAAAUGGUCAGGGCCUGAUGUGCUGGCAUAUAACGAGUGGAGUGAUAUGGUCUAG